ACCCCAAAAGUCAACCCACAAUCCCCAGCCACAGAACACAUCUUACCGGUGCGAGGAUUACCAACUUUGGACCUAAACAGCGAUUAUGAAAUGUGGAAGAUUCGCAUGGAGUCUCUCUUAUCCGGUCUUACUCCACACGCACAAUAUACUCAGAUAAUGCUAGCAAUGAGUGACACCGCACUACGUCGUGCUAUCGCUGGGGGCUUCUCCGCGUCCAAACCCAUCAGCUACAACUGGCGUGUCCUCGACGAAUGUUUUGCCAAAACCUCCAGCCCUUCGGUGUACAUGCACACCUUUCUCAGCCGCUGUCAAGAGCCCGGCGAAACAGCGUUCGAUUACCUGCAUCAACUCCGCGAGAUGGCAUCGCGCGCAUUUCCCAACCUUCCCAUUCCGAACCAAGAUGAUGUUAUCUGUAGCCGUUUUGCCCAAGGUGUCUCAUCAUAUGAGCUCAAGUGCCAACUUCUACGCCAGCCAGCAAAAUCAGUCUCAGAGGCCAUUGAGGUGGUAAAGCGAUUCGAGAGCGUCGAGCAUAUUCUCACUCCAACUGCCAGUACGCCCUGCUAUGCUCUCGGGACCACCGAGCGAAGAACAACCGUCCCAGCACCACGACAACGCCGGCCUAAUGCUCCAUCGUCAAACCAACCUCCAAUUCCGUCCCAGCGGCAUGAUGACCCCAGUAAGUGCUAUUACUGUCGCCGGUUCGGGCGGCGAGCAUGGAAAUGUGGGCAUAACAAAAAACCGCAAGGUAAACUCCAGGGCACUGACGUCACUUUUCUGGUGGACACCGGGGCAUCAUCCUCUGUUGUUCGCACGCAAUUGGUCCAGACACUUGGGGUCAAACCUCAACCUCUCCCCAAUCAGCUCCAGUUAAUUACCGCCAAUGGAGCCCCUAUCAAGGUAACGGACAUGGCCACACUUUCCGUGACGUUCCCAGGUUUUACUUGUGUCCAGUCAUUCGUCAUUUGUGAUGUCAUACGAUGGGACGCCAUACUGGGCGUGGACUUCUUAACUGAAAAAAACGCUGUCAUUGACCUAAGACGCUUUCGAAUUCGGCUGGGGACACAUAACCUCGCAUGUCGCCGACCAGUCAACCGCAACCAGAGUGCUAAUGUUUGUGCUUUACCCAGAUGACAGUGGUGAACAUCCAUGAUAACCCCCACCUCAGUCUAAAAGACCGUACCGACACCCUGGCCCUGCUACAGGAGUACAGUGUGUAUUUGACGAUGGGCAAGUGAUGGGGCGGACUAAUAUCGUACAGCACGAGAUUCAGACAGGUGAUAACUUGCCCAUUAGGACGCCACCGCGACGAGUGCCCAUUCAUUACCAACAGCAGUUGGAUACCAUGAUAACAGAUAUGUUACGAAAGAAGGUGAUUAAACCGUCUACGUCACCGUGG